AUGAGGGUACUGCUCUUAGCUACCGCCUUAUGGGCUGCCAUUAACUUGAGUCUAGGCGUAUCGACAAAAAUGGAUUUUGGCGAAGAAGAAGAAGAAGCACCGACUGUUGUGGUAACCAACUCAAGCCACCUUGGAGAUGACGACGUCGAAGUUAAACAUACUAUAGUUGUGUCUACAAAACUUAAAAAUAAUAAUCGGAGAGGAAUUACUAAUAAUAAAGGGGACACAGGAACUCUUACAUACUCCAUAGGUGAUGGUACUAAAGCAGCCAAGGCAGAUAGCGGUGAGGUGCCUGUAUUCAAAAGCUACCAAUCCGUCGAAACAACGCGAAUUCGAACCCCUGACAGUCGAUACAAAACGAAAAUCUAUCCUGAUGCCAUUUUUGUCAGUCGAAAUAUUCGCGACGAAAACGAUGUUUAUCCUUUCGUUGCUACAAAUCCUAUGCAAUGGAAACCAGUUAAUUUUUACAAUAAUAUUAAUCAUGCCAAUCCAGAUGGAAGUUCUUCGAUCGAUGCAAGAAAGCGACAGAAUAAUAUAAAGUUUCAUAGAAAAAUUACAGAUGAAGGUGCAAGAGAAUUUUAUUGCCAAAAAUGUUUGGAACUAAGCAAUGCACAGAACUUUAGAGGCUGCACCGGAACGUAUAGGAAUUCUGGAGUUCAACAGCGUUCAGCAAAUACACUUAUAAGACAGACGACUACACCGAGAAUAGAUGGAAAAUUAGUGAAAUUAAACUAAUGGUGACGUUCUAUUGUUUUUGUUCAUCCCGUGUCCAUAAUGGUGAGCAGCAAAAACUGCGAUGCUAUCGGUUAACCUUGAAAAGUUAAA